UGGGAGGGAAGACUCUGUGCGGGGCGAUCGUCUCGUCUGUGACUCUGGCGCUGAAUUCACGCUUCGAGGGGAUACGGGAGAGCCACGGGACCCGCUCCGAGGACAGGAACGGGAAAUUAAAAGCGAGUUUGUCAAGGAUUUUCCACCGGGAGACUGCGAGAGGAGCGCCGCUGGAAAAGUCACAUUGCAUUGCGCGACGUGGGGUAUCUGCGUCCGUCUGAACCCCUGGUCCUGAAGGUCUCCUCUGAUUGGACAAACACCCCCCCUCCCCUCCCUGAAGACCACCAUGACCCAGGAGGGGCAGGCUCUGCCCUCUCCCACCCCGCCCGAGAGCCCCUCAGAGUGGGACACAACCACCACGGGGCUCCCUAACACAGACAGAGAACCAGGAGAGAAGGAUGGAGUAGAGGAGAGAGAGGAGGUGAAAGAGGAGACGAGAGAGGGAAGUGCAGACGGAGGAGAGACAGAGGACGGGACGAGAGAGAGAAGAGCAGAUGUAAAUUCAACGGGACAGCAGCAGAAAGAGGAGGAGGAAGAGGAGCGGGCAGAAGAAGCAGAGGGAGAGAGAGAGGAAGCUGAGGAAGAGCGAGAGGAGAUGGCCCCGACUACAGAGGAAGACAUGAUGCAACAGAAUGACAGACUGGCCAAUGGCAUCGGAGAGGAUGAAGAUGAUGCAGAGGAGGACGGGGUGGCAGAGGAGCAGAGGGGAAACCUGGACACUUUCAGCUCCAACUUUGAGUCCACGGUGGAGCAGGCUGACACCGAAGUACAGGACGAAGAGGAGGAAGAAGAGGAGGAGGGGGGGGUCCCUGAGGAGCGCGACGGCCCCGAAAACCAGGACACCUUCAGCUCUGCGUUUGAACAGAUCGUAGAGCAGGUGGAGACUCAAGCAGAAGAUGAGGAGGAGGGAGAGGAGGAGGAAGAGCAAAUUAAAGUGGACAUUCUGAAGGACGGUUUUAGCUCUACGUUCGAGAGGAUCAUGGAGUCCGCUCUUCUCCGAGGCGGGACGUGCUACAGCAGCUUAGACUCUCUCGACGUCCUGUCUCUCACCGAUGAAACGGACAGCUGCAUGAGUUUCGACGCGCCCCUGACUCCGCUCAUCCAGCAGAGGGCGCUAAUGCAGUGUCCCGAGCCGCUGGAGCUGGAGCUGGCCACUGUGCAGGAGCAGGAGGGGGGCGCGGAGGGGGACGAGGGGAGAGAGGGGGAGGAGGAGGGGGCAGUGAGGGGGUCACCGCUAAGGACCACCAUCCCGGGGAGCAGGUCAGAGUUCGUCCUGAGCCAACCGGGGAGAUGGGCCAUUCCCAACGGAUACCACACGGAUGAGGCCGGAGCGAUGCUGGGAGCAAUGCACAACUCUGUCAGUGAUGCUGACCUGUCCGAUGUUGUGUCCGACCCCGAGGACUGUGACGUGGGCAGUGUGGAGCGUCUGGAGUGCGUCGAGCGCGGCAGCACAGACACACUGGCCAAUGGUUGCCGCGUCGACACAGAAGCGGCGAAGCGCCUCGCCAAACGCCUGUACCACCUGGAGGGAUUCAAGCGCUGUGACGUGGCACGACAUCUGGGCAAGAAUAAUGACUUCAGCCAGCUGGUGGCGUCAGAGUACCUGAGCUUCUUUGACUUCACAGGUCUCUCUCUGGACCGGGCCCUGAGGAACUUCCUGAAGGCAUUUCCUCUGAUGGGGGAGACUCAGGAGAGAGAGAGGGUCCUGGUUCAUUUCUCUAAACGGUUCUGCCAGUGUAACCCACAGACGCCCUCCUCACAAGAUGGCGCUCACACUUUGACCUGUGCUCUAAUGCUGCUCAACACGGACCUCCACGGACACAACAUUGGUAAAAAGAUGUCGUGUCAACAGUUCAUCAGUAAUCUGGAGGGACUCAACAACGGCAAAGACUUCCCCAAAGAGUUAUUAAAGGUCUUAUAUAAUUCGAUAAAGAAUGAGAAACUGGAGUGGGCAGUUGAGGAGGAGGAGCUGAGGAAGAGUCUGUCUGAGCUGGUGGAGGAGCAGUGUGAGGGGAGCAGUAAACGUGUAGCGAGGGUCUCAGAUGGAUGUAACCCUUUCAUCGCCAUCCCAGUCCUCGUGAACGCCGUCACCUACAAACAUGGAGUCCUGACCAGGAAGAGCCACGCCGACAUGGACGGCAAGCGCACUCCCAGAGGUCGUCGAGGGUGGAAGAAGUUCUAUGCUGUUCUAAAAGGGAUGAUCCUGUAUUUACAAAAGGACGAGUACAAACCGGACGCGGACAUUUCGGAGGUGGACCUGAAGAACGCCGUGAGGGUCCAUCACGCUUUGGCCACGAGAGCCACAGACUACAGCAAGAAACCCAACGUCCUGAAGCUCAAGACUUCAGACUGGAGAGUGUAUCUGCUCCAGGCCCCGAGCGAGGAGGAGAUGAUGUCGUGGAUUUUCAGGAUAAACCUGGUGGCGGCACUGUUCUCUGCUCCGGCGUUUCCUGCUGCCAUCGGAUCCAUGAAGAAGUUCUGUCGACCGAUCCUGCCAUCGUCCUCCACACGACUCAGCCAGGAGGAGCAGCUGAGGAGUCACGAAGGGAAACUGAAGCAGAUGAGUUUGGAGCUGGAGGAACAUAGGAAGAACCCCGUGACCUUUGAGCCCAAGAGCAGAGACUGGGAGGAGCAUCGCAUCAAGGAGCACUACCUCACCUACGAGAAAACGCGCUACGAGACCUACAUAAGCCUACUCCAGGCCAAGAUCCGCGCGGAGACAGACGAUUUGGAGAAGAUCGAGGCCAGCGUCAUGGGCACUUUUCUACUGGAGGGACGGGAGUGCCAACUCCGGAAAACCCAGUCUUCUCCGUCCAUAAGUCAGGCUCACGGGGGUCUCAAUGGAAAAACCACCAACUACCCAUUCGUAUCAUCACAGAGGAGCUGAGACUCCAAAAAUAUAAACAAAAACUCCCUCCUUUUUAAGCUGAGAAAACUGAUAACUUGAAACUUUUUAGCUCUUAUCCUACAUAUUAGUAGUACUUUACAGCUCCUCACUACUGCCCCCUAAAGGUAGACUUUUUAGUACGAAGAAAAUGGGGUAACUUUGCUUAGACGGAGCAAUAGACACCUCAUUUAAGCGAUUUUUUUAUUGCACAUUUUGAAAUGAUCCGAAUCGAGAUCAUUUUUGUAUCAGUAUUACUUUAACUCAAUGCAGUUUAGUGUUUUCAAAGAUUAUAAUUUAUUAAGGACACUACGAUGAUUAAUGAGAAAGAGAAGAAGAGGUUUGAGAGGAGAUAGUGAUGGUACUACUGUAGCAUUUUUAGCUUUUUCUUCCUGUUCAGAGAGACAGACUGGUCAUGUGACGAGAUGGACCUACGCGAUUGGUGGAAGGAGCAGAGACUUUCAGGAAGAAGACGAAGGAGAAGCCGCCAUGUUGGUUUUAUUUAUUUAUUUAACUACAGUGAAAUCUCUUGUUACGUUCGCGUUCAGUAUUGCAAUGCCGAGGAACUGCAGGUGGAGUGCCUUGCCCAAGAGCACCUCAGCACCAGACGUUGAGGGUUUCGACAAGAGGAAAACGGACGUUAACGAUUUGAAACGGUUGGAAGUUUUCCUGUAAAACUGAUGUCUGAACUCUGACAUGUUCCGUAAUGUUUCUUUAGUUUUAGAAAAGAAAAGUUUGAAUGACGGAAAGCACUGUGUAUGUGUCCUCGUUGUAAACAAACACGGUCUCCGCUGAUCAAACUGGUGCAGAUUUAAAGAUGCGCUAUGUAACUUUUCUGGCAUCGGGCCCGCCACCUGCUUCUUGUUUCCAUGGAGGCGUUAUUUGAUCCCAAGAAUCUUCCACAGUAUGGCAUUAAAGUGCAUAUGACAGGUUAGAGUACUUUUUCUACUAACACACAGUUGACAUAAUUAUAUUUAAGCUUCUUUUUAAAAAAUGUACGUAGUUUUAAAUACAAAGUGGGAAAAAAACUGAGGCACUCAAAAAGUACAAAAUAAUUAAAAGCCUUUAAUACCACAUGGCAGAUAAAGUUAAAAUACGCCAACGCGUUUCGGCCCUUCGGCCUUCAUCAGGGCAAAAGUACGUAGUUUUGUCUAGUUUUUGAAUUCUGGUUGGUGAAGUUUAUUAUUUUACUUCUUGGUUGGACACAUGCAACAGAUAUGACAUACGUAAAGGUAAAUUUAUAACUGUUACCUAGCAACCACAAAGUAAACAAGCCUCAGUGUUAAAUCAAUGUUUAGUAUGUCAGAAAAAAUGCCUUUUUUACACCUAAAUUUAGUUUUCCAUUGAUGACAUAGGUAGAGGUAUUCUGUUUCAAAACUACUACUAAAGCGCUACUUCCUGCAUUUUUGUAUUUUCUUAGUGUCUCUUAACUGAUGUAAAACUAUGAUACAUAUUUACCACAAGAACUCACCAAACCGAAUCAUAUUUAGAAAAUCAUAAAAACUGUCUCAUGCACUUUAAACUCUAUCUCCAUGGGGAAAGUUGCAGGUGAGAUCUGUGGAGAGGCCGCCUCACUCACUCUAAGAAUACAUGUUUUUCAGUGUAUCUUUUGGCUUUGAAAAUCAUCUAUUUCACAUUAAACCAAGGUUACACUUCAGUUCCAUCCAAGUUUACUGUCACAGUGUGGGACAUUUCAGAGUUACCAAUGGAGACAACCAUAUGAUGGACCCCCAUUCAGAAAAGUUACAUAGUGCACCUUUAAAAACAGAUUUGAAGAAAUAUAGGUGAAAACUAACUCUGACUGGUAAUAUUUUAUGAAAGUAAUAUUACUGAGCUAUUUAAAACCUGCUUUCUUUGAUACAUGACAUUUGGAUUAAAAGCUCUAUUUUUUAGUAAAGGAAAAUCUGUUGUUUACACUCUCCAAACUAAUUUUCAGAGAUACAUUUGCAAGUCUUACACUUUUUUUAACUUAAAAGAUGCACCACAUAACUUUUCUGGAGGAGGUGUGUGUUUUUACUGCCAAAAAAUACAUUGGAAAAUAUACAUCUUCACUAGGGAACGCCUUUCCACAGAUCCAACCUGUAAUUUGUCAUUUUAAUGCCGAAAUCCUGCAGAACAUUUCAUGGGGUGCUCACACCAAAUGUGAAUGGCGUGAACAAGGCGAACAAUUUUCAUGUUAACCCUGUGUAAAGGCACAUUGACGCGCGAAUUAAGUUCUACGGCGCGAAUGAUGUGAAUUGGGCGAUUCACGCAUUUUGAGCAGCAUGAAUAGGCAAAAUGAGCUGCACGAAUUUGUGAAACUGGCAUUGUCGCGCAAAUUCCCGAAAGGAAGGGGCUUGUGACUUUCGCCAAAGUUGAAGUUUUUGAACUUUCUGUGAAUAUUCGCGUCACAUCAACCAAUCGGGCCGUGUUCUGAUAGAAACGUAUAAUGCUGAGACAGACGUGAACUUUCAUUCAACAUGGAGGAGACACUCACUGUUGCCGUGGAAAACCAGACAAUAUUAUACAGUACAGAGACCAGAAUAAACUCCACAGAGCAGGACCUACACCAGACUCUGCCCUUCUCUCCUUUAUUCUGGCUCUGGUCUCAGUCUUGGUCCUGGUCCCAGUCUGGUCCCGAGCUUCGUCCUGGUUUGUAAUGCCGGACUUUUGCGCCACAUACGGACUGAAACAGGGCAAAACCAGGACUAAACCAGGUCUAAACCAGGACUAAACGAUUACUGAACCAGGACUGAACCAGGACUAAACCAGGACUAAACGAUUACUGAACCAUGACUGAACCAGGUCUAAACCAGGACUAAACCAGGACUGAACCAGAUCCAAACCAGGACUGAACCAGGUCUAAGCCAGGACUAAACCAGGACUAAACUGGCCUGAUACCGAUCUGGUCCCGGUCUCAGUCGAGCUCUGGUUGCUGAUUCCGAGCCUCAGCUUCGAGCUCCGGCCCUGCCAUGGACUCUGAGCCUUAGCUCUGAGGCCGUGGGCUCAGAGCUUGCGGAGGCUCGAAGUCAAAGCUCGGAGCCCGCUCUGGUCCCAGUCUCAAUCUCGGUCUCAGUCCUGGUCUGGUUCCUGUCUGGUCCCAGUCUCAGUCCCUGUCUGGUCCUGGUCUGGUCAGCCUGCUCGAUGUAGUCCAAGUCCUCCAUUUGUCCAAAUGAAAACAGAUGCAGAGGACACUGCGCAGCCACACUUGAUCCUUCUGGAGCGAAUAGAGCGGAUUUACUCACGCGACAAAAUUCCCAAACUUGAGCGACCUGGACCCGCGAAUGAAGCGAAAACUCAAGCAGGAAACUAGGGGUGCUUGAUGCGAUUUAUUUGCGCCAUUCGCGUUUGGUCUGAACACGGCUUAACACCCCCACGGCGAUAAACAGAAAAGUAGAAAAGUUACGUAAUGAACCCUGAAUAGUAUUUCUGCACCAGUUUUGUUUAAAGGAGUCCUUGUUCACAGCUGGUUUGGUCGGCGUGGGGGACUGUUGCAUGCUGGGAGUGAGUGACACGAUUUUGAAAGAGACUUUUUCGCCGUAGCAUCAGGAGCAGUCACUUUAGCAGGGUCAAGUUUGUAUUUAUUUGAAAAUGUCGAUAACAUCACCAACCCUAAAUAGUCUUUCCUUAGUUUAGGCUUAUAUCAAUUACAGUAGGUCUAUGCAUACUCCUAACUGUUCAUCUCUACACUCUACAGGUGCAAUAAAAGGUCAUUGUGGAAAAGUUCAUGGAGUUAUUAACUUCAGUCAACGUGUUUUGAUUCAUUUUGAUUUGUAAGAUAUUUCAGAAAGUAGAAAUUUAUAUAUAGAAGUGAGGUUAUUAAAGGUCCUAUAUUACACAAAUUUGUGAGUUUUAAGCCAUGUUAUGUUGUUGUUACCUCAUCAAAAACAGACCUUAAGUUGUGUUUUGUUUCAUUCACACGUUAAAAUAAGCAAUUUUUCUCUGUCUACAUCUCAAAAAGUUCAAAAUGCUCUGUUCCACCUUGUGAUGUCAUGUAGUUGUAGUUGGUGGUUUCAAGUUAACAGCUACUUUUUACCUUUAUUUGAGUAAACAGCAAAAAGUGGACUGUUAAAAUUGAGUCUCACAGAAUCAAUUUGAACAUGUUCUCAGUGUUUAUAUGAAUCCAGUCUGUUCUGUGAGUUAAUUUAAAACAUUUUUGGAAACGUUAAUUAAGUAACACUGUUGUAAGUAACACUGGACCAAAAGUUCCUGUUUAACCCCGAAAUCAGGAGUUAUAUUAAUGUUUUGAGAGUAAAGAGAUAACACUUUGUAGGGUUAUCCUGAUUUAGAUAAAUGACAGAGGUGUUCUAUUUUUACACUUUAUUUUAGUUAAUUUAAAAUGAAAUUAUGUACAAACUGGUCUUCCCCCGCGGGAGUUUGAAGUGGUGGGUGGGAGGUGCCAAAUUAACACUAAGGGAAGUUGAAUGAACAGAAUAACACUUUUUUGUGUUAAAAAAAAGUUUGAAAUAUUUCAUCCUGAAAUUUUAACCCUCCAGUUUUUGCUGUGUAGAGAUCAGCAAUGCCAGAGCUGAAAAUUAUCCAAAUGAAUCUAGUGAAGGUGUGUGGAGUUUAAAAACACCACUUCCUGAAUCAGAACUCAGCCUAAAUGUGCAGGGUUUGUGUGUUAAAUGUGUGUGAAUGAAACAAAACACAACUCCAGGUCUGUUUGUGACGAGGAAACAACAUUAUAACAGAUCAGAAAACAGCGUAAUAGAGACCAUCUGACAUUCACAGUUGACAAAAUGUAGUAACUCAAAGUAGAAAUUCAUAUAUAUAAGUGGGGAUAUUAACACAAAGGUUGGUCAAUUCUAAUCCACUGCUUUUGUGUCUUCGGGCAAGACACCUCUGGAGUCUGUGUACCAACUGAAACUUAAAUGUAACUUCCCCGGCGGUGGGUCCUGUCAUCUGCUUGUUUCUGUGGAAGUGUUAUUGCGCGGUGACGUUACCUGUUUGUCGUCUCCGAGACAGUUUAAAGCCAUACUGUGGAACAUCCCAGGCAAAGCUAUAACCUUUCCAGAGACAAGCAGGUGGCAGACUCACUUCUCGCAGAAUCAGAAAAGUUACGUAAUGACCCUUUAACAUACAACAAGAUCAGAAAGAAAGCUAAGGGGUAAACAUUAAUAAGUACU